AAGGAAUUGCACAUGGGGAGGAAAGGAAGUUGGUUUUCUUCUGUGAAGAAACUUUUCUUUAUUUCUCCUUCCGAUUCUUCCAAAAAAGAACAGAAACCUCAUAAUCAUAAUCAUAAUCAUAAGGCGUCAAAGUUAACAUGUUUUGGACAUCAUAAUUAUGAUGAUGCUGAGUGGAAAACUGGAGGAGUAGCACCAAUAACUAUUGUUCCUGUUCCAUCUCUUCCUGAAAAAAAAGAUAAAAAACCAAAAAAAAAUAAGGAAGAGGAUGAACAGAACAAACAAGCUUUUUCAUUGAUUUUAGCCACAGCCGUUGCUACCGGUGCCGCAGUUGCUGCUGCUCAGGCUGCUGCAGGGACCCCUCGUGUCAAAAGUAUUCCUCGUUGUUACAUUGGAAAAUCAGCCGAAGAAAUAGCCGCUAUCAAAAUUCAAACCGCCUACCGCGGAUAUCUGGCAAGGAGAACGUUGCGUGGAUUGAGAGGCUUGGCGAGGUUGAAAGCAUUGGUGAAAGGACAAUCUGUUCAACGACAAGCGGCUACUACAUUACAAUGCAUGCAAACUCUUUCGCGUUUACAAUCGCAAGUUAGUGCGAGGAAGAUCAGAAUGUCAGAGGAGAAUCAAUCUUUCCAACGCCAACUUCAGCAUAAACGUGAAAGGGAAAUGGGCAAGUUACAAGCUCAACCUAUUGGAGAAGACUGGGAUUAUAGCUCACAAUCAAAGGAGCAAAUCCAAGCAAAAUUGUUGAACAGACAAAUAGCUGCUAUGAGAAGAGAAAAGGCUUUGGCCUAUGCAUCAACACAUCAGCAAACAUGGAGAAACUCUUCAAAACCUACAGAUGCAACAAUUAUGGAUCCUAACAAUCCUCAUUGGGGAUGGAAUUGGCUUGAUAGAUGGAUGGCUUCAAGACCAUGGGAAGGUCAAACCAAUAAGGAUCAACAGAAUCAUAGAUCAGCAAAAGGUGCUGCAAGCCAUACUAUGUCAGUUGGAGAAAUCUCCAAAUUGUAUGCUCAAAGAGAUCAAAAUCAAAAUCAAAAUCAAAAUCAAGAUAAUAAAAAUUCCCCUAGAAGCCAAAAACCGAAUAAUUCAAAUCUACCUUCAAGGAUACCUUCAAUAACUAAAAGCGGAAAAACAAAUACAUCAAGUUUAAAGGGUGGUUCAUGGGGUGGUGAUGAUGACUCAAAAAUUAAUUUCAAUAACAAAAAAUCUGAAACCAACCGAAGACAUAGUAGCAUUGGGGUGGCGCUAUUGAAAGACGAUGAAGUAAACUCGCCUGUAAAAGCUAAAUCCAAAGUGCAAAGUCCUUCUGCAAAGAAGCAGCUUUCUUUCCCAGCAGCAGCAGCUUCUCCAUCUGAUUCUAGAAGGCAUUCUGUUCCACCUAAAAUUGGAGUAAAUUCUAAUAAGAAUGUUGCUGCUACUAAUCUCCCUGAAGUGAAAGUCAAAGGCAAAAAUGGAGGCAGCAGAUAGAGAUCA